AUGUCGGCGGCUCCGCCAUCCGGGUACGGGGCGAUUCCCACAUUUGCGAGGACGUCGGCUGCGUCCACCUCGCGUACAUCCGCCGUCGUGGAUUCCAUUUCGCUGAUGAAGCAGCGUGGUAGGGAGCUCCUCGCCACCCGCCGACCAUGGCGGGAGUUCGCGGACAUCUCGGCCUUUGUCCGCCCUUACAGCUACGGCGAGGCCAUGGCCCGAGUCCGCCGUAACGUCGCCUACUUCCAAGUCAACUACGCCAUCGUCGUCCUCCUCAUCCUCUUUCUUAGUCUCAUUUUUCACCCCAUAUCCAUGAUCGUCUUCCUCGUGAUUUUCGUCGGCUGGCUCACCCUGUACUUCUCCCGCGACGAGCCGAUCGUUAUCUUCCACCGAACCCUCAGCGACCGUGUCGUCCUGUUCGUGUUCUCCAUCGUCACAGUGGUGGCUCUCGUGCUCACCCACGUCGGGUUGAACGUACUUGUUUCCUUGGCGAUCGGUGCCGCAGUCGUAAUUCUCCACUCGGCUCUCAGGAUCACGGACGACUUGUUUCUUGAUGAGCAGGAGGCCGCGGAAGGAGGAUUGCUGUCCGUGGUAGGCAGCCCCCAUCGUCCGCCCUAUUCUCGGGUGUGA